CGCCGUCGUGUCCCCUAGUCCGACUACCGCCGUCCUCCCUCUCCGAGGCCAGGUAACGAUGAGCUUCUCCACCGCCAACAAAACCACCCACUCACCGUCGAUCCGAUGCCGCCGCCUCCGAACUCCGCCUAUCUCUUCUUCCUUUUAACCCUCCUCCUCUGCUCCUUCUCCGCCAUCGCCUCCCCCUUCUCCACUCUCGCCGUCUCGCAACUCGCCCCCAAUAUCACCCUCGUCUGCGCUCUCGUCCCCUCUGACCUCCUCCACCGCUACGAUCUAAACUGCACAAGGGCCUCCACGGGUCAGCAGUUUCUAUACCGCGCCGGGGCCACACCAUACGGAGCCGUCGCCGCCGGAAAUGGCUUCCUCUGCGGCCUUACCCUACCGUCCGACAAAUCCAACUCCACUAUGCGCUGGUGGGCCUUCCCUGACCAUGGCAACGAGACUUACGAGAAGAGGAUCUACCGGGGUCCGGCCCUCGCCGCCCUCGCUUCCGGCGACACCCACGUCUGCGGCCUGAAGGGAGGCUGGCCGCAUUGUUGGAGAUGGAAGGAGAUUAAAUUCCCUCCCGGUAUCGAGUUCUCCGACAUCGCUGUGGGGCGGAACUUCGUCUGCGGGCGGAAGAAAUCCGGCGGGAUCGGGUGCUACGGGAGCGACAUGGAGGUCACCAAUAACGUGCCCGAUGGAAACUUCAGCUUGCUCGCUGCUGGGACCUGGCACGCCUGCGCGAAGUCAGAUGCCGGCCGGCUGACUUGCUGGGGCAGCGGAGCACCAGUGCCGGAUUCGGAUCAACCCGACAUCGUGUCCAUCGCACUGGGGGAGAACAAGACCUGCGUGCUGCGUUAUAAUGGAACAGUUCUGUGUUGGGGGAAGGGCUCACAUCCGCCGGAAAGCCUCGCUGGGGAGCAGUUCUUGAGGAUCCAGGCGAGGGGCGACGCCAUCUGCGGCAUUUUGUUGCUCAAUUUCUCGGUGGUUUGUUGGGGGAACGAGCUGUUCCUGCAGAAGCACACUGUCUAUAAAAGCGUCUUACCGGGGACGUGUUCUUCUCCAGCCUCGAGCUGCGUCGGCUGCGUGGUGCUACCAGGCUCCGGUAACAUGUGUCCAUCAGGUGAGGUCAUCUGCCAAUCGUGCCAGCUCGAUUCCAAUACGACGAUCAGUCUGCCGCCGUCUCAGCAAAUUGGUAGUGGUCGCAAGAGGACAGUUUUUGUGGUUCUUGGAUCCGUGGGAUUCAUCUUGGGGUUGUUAGUCUUGCUGGGUUUUCUCGUCUUUCGAGCUCUCAGGAAACGGAGCAAUGCCGGAGUACAUGGUUCGGUGCGGUCGAACCGCCGGAGGCAGCCAUUGGUGAUGGAUUCGUCUCUCGACGGUCGGCUCGGUGGAGGGACUGUUGAAGAGUUUUCGCUACAGUUCGUCUUGGAGAUCACUGACAAUUUUUCGGAGACGCACAAGAUCGGAUCAGGAAGCUUCGGUGCGGUCUACCGUGCGACGCUUCCGGACGGGCGUGAAGCCGCGAUUAAGCGCGCGAAUCCGGCGUCCGCUGCGCCGUUCACGUCCAGGCGACACGAGCAGCUUAGCCGACUCGACCAGGAGCAACGGGAGCGCGCAUUCUGCUCCGAGCUGGCCGUGCUCUCGCGUAUCAACCACAAGAAUCUGGUCCGCCUUCUGGGCUUCUGCCGGGAGCGCGGUGAACUUGUGCUGGUGUACGAGUACAUGGCUAACGGUACCCUUCACGACAACCUCCACCGGCGUCCCAUGGUCCCGUCGUCGCCGCUGAGCUCGUGGAGUACUCGGCUCCGCCUGGCGCUCGACGCGGCGCGGGGCAUCGAGUAUCUGCAUGCCUACGCGGUGCCGCCCAUUAUCCACCGGGACAUCAAGUCCUCCAACAUUCUGCUCGAUGAGGAGUGGAUGGCCAAGGUCGCAGAUUUUGGGCUAUCGCUGACGAACCCAGAGGACGAAGGAAGCGUCGCCGCCGGCACGGUGGGGUACAUGGACCCGGAAUAUUACCGGUUGCGCCGACUGACGGAAAAGAGCGAUGUUUACAGUUUUGGGAUAGUGUUACUUGAACUGGUCACAGGGUACAAGGCCAUCCACCGGAGCAUGGAGGUGGAGGGGGAGGACGGGGAGGCGGAGGGCAGCACCACUCCGCGGAACGUGGUGGAGAUGGCCGUGCCGUACAUUGAGACAGACGAAGUGGCGCGAAUUAUGGAUCGCAGGGUCGCGCCGGCGUCGUCAGAGGAGAUAGAGGCGGUGGUGUACGUGGGGUACGUGGCGGCAGAGUGCGUGCAGGCGGAGGGGCAGGACCGGCCCACCAUGGGGGAGGUGGUCGGGGCGCUGGAGAGAGUCUAUGCGGCUUGCUCAGGCGCCACCGCCGCUCGGACGGAGUCCACCGCCGGGCGCAGGGUCUUGUCGCGGGCGCCAAGUUUCAUGUGAGUGGCCUGAAACAAGUUCACGUAUAUCCAAUUCUUUUCUUCUUCAUAUUUUGUCUCUGUUCUUAGAUUUGAAUCUGAUUCCUCUGACAAAUAUUCGAUUAUUUUUCCAUGUGUUUUUUGAUC